GCAGUCAGAGUCUCCGGGAAUGCCAAGGAAGCGUCUCCAGGAGAUCAGAGGAGGCAGAAGAUGUAGUUACAAACAUUGAAGCUGCAGCUGAGGUGAAAGGAGGCUGAGAAAUGAGGAAGACCACGUGCUCCUUGUUGGCCUAGAGCUGGCAUUCAGUGGCAGCACCCUUUCCCGCACAGGGAAUAAAAUGCAUCCAUUAGAGUACCAAAAGUACACUUUGAUGUGUGCGUCCUGAUGGUUUCUGUACCCUCCCAGGCAGUCUGUCCCCAUCACGCCGUGGCUUUGUGGUGCUACCACACUGGGCACAAGGCUCCACCACCAUGAGGGACUUGGUGAAGUGCAUGGUGUUGAAGACACACGUGUGUCAGGAGUGUGGCAAGUCCUUCAGCAAGAAGGGAAACCUGAAGAGACACCAGCGAAUCCACACAGCAGAGGAGCUCUUCACCUGCAGGGAGUGUGGGAGGCGCUUCACCACCCGCGGCCACCUCACGACCCACCAGAGCAUCCACACAGGAGAGAGGCCUUUCUGCUGCAGGCAGUGCGGGCGCUGCUUCCGCCUGGAGAUAUGCCUGGCCGCCCACCAGAAGACACACACCAAGGGUGGCCCCUACCUCUGUGCCCGCUGUGGCAAGAGCCUGAGUACAAAGAUCUACUUCAACAUCCACAUGCGGACCCACACGGAGAAGAGGCCGUUCGCCUGCACUGAGUGUGGGAAGAGCUUUGUGAAGAAGGGGACGCUCACCGCCCACAAGGAGAUCCACAAGCGGGAGAAGCCCUUCAAGUGCCCUGACUGCAGUAGGUGCUUUGGGCAGAGCGCUACGUUGCUGGCCCACCAGAAGAUACACCUUCGGGGGGGGCCUUUCAUAUGCACUGAGUGUGGGAAGAGCUUGAGCACCAAGAGGUACUUCAACGUUCACCAGAGGAACCAUGCAAAGCAAAAGUCAUUGGAGGGGAACAUCAACGGUGUGUCUCUCCAUGUCAUCCAGAUUAAAGAGGAGUCUGACUUUGCCUUUAAGUCAGAAGAGAAUGUGUUGGAAUAUAUGCUUUAUGAAGGAGGUGGAACCCAGGGGUGUAGCGCACCUAGAAACCCAUCUGGUCCUAAAAGUCCUCCAUGGAAAACCCAGACAAAGGAAGAACCAGAGCCACCCAGUGAUGACACAGAAAACAUAACUGCGAUAGCCUGCCAGAAACCUUACAUCAAGGAAGAGCCAGAAGAAAAUGUGGACUAUAAAAAGCUCUUUGAUCCAAAGAUCCCAGUGAUGGCUUUACUGGGAAGACAGAUUAAAAACGAAGGAGAUGCUGAUGGGCAGCAUGACUGGGAAGUUCCUGUAGCAGGUAAUAUGUUGCUCCAGGUGAAGGAAGAACCACAGGAAAGCAUUGAGUUUGGGAUCCACUGGGGGCAGAAGCCAAAUCUCAGUGCCAUCCAAAAGAUCCAGAUUAAAGAGGAAGCUGGUGUGGAGGCUGACCACCAGCAGUGCCAGAGCCCAAGGAGGAAGCCAAAGAAAUGCAAUCAGCCCACUAAAGUGGGGAUACUGGAGAACCAGGAGAAAUCCAAGUCCAAGAAGGAUCUCUCAAUGAAAGGAGCUCCCAAAGGCGAACGGAUAUUCCCCUGUCCCGAGUGCGGGAAGAGUUUCAAUCAGAAAUCGAACCUCACCAGGCACCGAAAGAUCCACACGAGUGAGGGGCCAUACAAGUGCAGCGAGUGCGGGGAGAGCUUCCGCAUGAACCGCAAGCUGAUCCGGCACCAGCGAGUCCACAUGAGUGAGCCGUUCAAAUGCACUGAGUGCGGGAAGAGCUUCACCCAGCGGUCGAACCUGGUUCGGCACCAGAGGAUCCACACCAAGGAGGAGCCCUACCAGUGCCCUGAGUGUGAGAAGACCUUCAACCAGAAGGCCAAUCUCUUCCGGCACCAAACAAUCCACGUCCGCAUGGGGCCUUGCAAGUGCACCAAGUGCGGGAAGUGCUUCCCCCAGAAGCGCCAUCUCAUCAAACACCAGCUGCUCCACUCCCGAGGUGGGGCCUACAAGUGUGGGGCCUGCGGGAAGCGCUACCGGCUGAAGAAGUACCUGCGGAGGCACCAGAAGAUCCACAUGCGGGAAGGAGCUGCCCCUCAUGUGAAGCGCGGGGAAGCCAUGAGGACUGGUGGUGGGCCCCACUAUAUGGAGCAGGGAGCACUGGCCCCCAUGAAAAGUGAAGAGGAGAGUUGAGAGUCUGGGACCUGCUUCUGGGGGAAGCCCUUUGGGAAACUAGGGAGACAAAGUCUGUCAGCCAUGUGUGUGGUAUCACGGGGUGGGGUGAGUAACCUGAGGGGACAGCGAGGCUGAGGGGGCAGAGCCCUAACAGAAACAGGUCCCCUUCUUCUGUUUAUUGAAGAGGGCCAAUGGAGUAUCCUUUGCUCACCCUUUGUGGGAUGGGGCUGAAGAGCCAACUCUCUUCAGAGCACUUAGAAUCACAGAAUGACAGAAUGGUUUGGGUC